UAACUUGCUCAUGAUUAUUCCUCGAGGCGUCUGCCGGAUACGCCCUCGACGUGUGAUACUAUCUGGCAUUCAACCAACUGGUAUCCCUCAUCUAGGGAACUACCUAGGCGCACUGUCUAACUGGGUCAAGCUGCAAAAAUCUGCAGAGCCCGAGGACAAACUGCUGUUUUCGAUUGUCGGAUGGCACGCAUUGACCCUUCCACAGGAUCCUGCUGUCCUGCUGGCUGCAAGAAAUGAUAUGCUCGCCGUUUUACUUGCCAUAGGCAUCGACCCUGAUCGAUCAAUAUUGUUCCACCAGGACCAUAAUCCUCACCAUACGGAACUCUCUUGGAUAUUAAGCUGCAUAACACCCAUGGGGAAGCUGCGCCGGAUGACAACAUGGAAGUCAAGAAUAGCUGCCGCACGAAACUCUAGUUCAGAGGAAGAAGUGGACGAGUCGAUGCUUAACGCCGGCCUAUUCAUGUAUCCUGUGCUACAAGCCGCUGACGUGCUUGUUUACAAAGCCACUCAUGUUCCUGUUGGCGAUGAUCAACAGCAACAUAUAGAACUUACAAGAGAUCUAGCUGAUAUCUUCAACCGAACAUUUAAAGGAACGUCUCCCCUAUUCCCCCUUCCGAUCUACGUCAACACCCCAUCGAAGCGGAUUUUAUCACUCAAAGACCCAAAGUCCAAGAUGUCGAAAUCUUCGCCCGACGUUCAGUCUCGUAUCUUGCUCACCGAUACCGCUUCUCAGAUUCAAUCGAAAAUCAGGGCUGCUGUCACAGACUCUAUUCCGGGCAUUACUUACGAUCCUGAAGGUCGCCCUGGUACCUCAAAUUUGCUUACUAUUCUCGCCGCCUGCACAGAAAGCGAUGUCACCCAGGUCGCAAAAGCCUAUGAGAGCCAGGGUCAUGGAACAUUGAAGCGCGACGUCACAGAGGCCAUCGAGGAAUUUCUGAAAGGGCCUCGGGCGCAGUUUCAUCGCAUUCGUCAUGAAACGACAUAUCUUGACGAGGUAGCGCGUCGCGGAGCCUCUCGCGCUAUUGAACACUCCGAAGUUACGAUGAUGGAAGUCAAAACACGUCUAGGUCUAGCAUCACCUGUGGUGCAUUAACAAAUGUAACUAGAAUGAUGACAAUGUCUCGUCAGAGUUUGGAUUCGCGUUUAACAGCGAGCUUUGUCAAGUCCACGGAGAAUGGAGUACUACCCGCCGGCAGAGGCUCGGAAGUAGUAUGAUCAGACUCGAUCAUAAAAAAAAUUAAUGAACUGGUAAGCCUUGCGGCCGUAUGACCCCCUGGAGUUGUAUGAUCGAUGUAGGCCACUGAGUACAGUGUUGGCUUAUUGACAGUUGAAUUAUUCUAAUGAGGAAUUUGGAGUAUGUAGUGAGACUUUAUCCCUCACGAGCAUUGUUCAAAUCGGUCUCUGAGCAACCUGCUUUGACCAUCAAGCUUUUU